CGCCAAAGUUGAGGGACGAUAUUAAUCAUAGUUUCUUAUCAAAGUACAGGUUGGUUUGAACUAAAAUCCUGUCCGUAGGAUGGCCACAAGAGAUCGCAUUGGUGAAGAUGCCACAGAGUUGAUAGGCAACACUCCAAUGGUGUAUCUGCGGAAAAUUGGAAGAGGAUUGCCAGGAACUCUAGCUGCAAAAGUCGAGUAUUUGAAUCCAGCAUGCUCUGUGAAGGAUAGGAUUGGAGUAGCAAUGGUCAAGUCUGCAGAAGAAGCAGGGCAGAUACGUCCUGGUCUUACGACGCUCAUCGAACCGACAUCAGGAAAUACGGGCAUUGCACUUGGAUUGGUCGCUGCUGCUCGAGGCUAUCGCCUCAUCAUUACCAUGCCAGCGAGUAUGAGCGUUGAAAGGCGCACACUUCUGAAAGCGUAUGGUGCUGAAUUAGUUCUUACGGACCCGGCUUUGGGAAUGAAAGGUGCCAUCGAACGAGCCAAUCAGCUGCAUGAAAAUAUUCCAAACAGUUACAUUCUUGCUCAGUUUGAUAAUCCAUCUAAUCCACUAAUCCAUUAUAAUACCACUGGGCCAGAAAUCUGGAAGCAAACCAAUGGCAAGGUAGACGUGUGCGUUUUCGGAAUCGGAACAGGUGGCACUAUCACUGGAGUGGGACAGUAUUUGAAAGAAAGAAAACCAGAGGUCAAGAUGUUUGCCGUUGAACCUGUCGAAAGCGCUGUGCUCAGCGGAAAAAAACCUGGUCCUCAUCGCAUUCAAGGCAUUGGUGCUGGAUUUGCUCCUUCUGUCUUGAACUCGACAAUCUAUGAUGACGUUAUCACAGUGCACUCUGACGAAGCCAUGGUUAUGGCUAAAAGGCUCGCACUUGAAGAGGGUCUGCUUUGUGGUAUUUCAUCUGGUGCCAAUGUGCAUGCGGCCUGCAAAGUAGCUGCUCGUCCAGAAAUGGCUGGAAAGCUUAUAGUGACUGUAUUGCCAAGCUUCGGAGAGCGCUAUCUCUCUUCUCCACUAUAUGCUAAUAUUCGUGAUGAAGCAAAUGGUAUGGGCGUUACUUCUCUUGAGGCAGACUUGAGUCGAGUUCGUCUACAUCAGUUUCCAGUAGAAGAGCAGUAUCUACGUGGAAGGUCAGUCGGAUUAUCUGUGAUUGUUACUAAUGUAAAAAAGAAGUUACUUGCUCGAAUGAUAUAUAUUCACAAUCUGUGAUAGGACAGUAGCUUACAGUUUUUGCACAUUCUUCAUCGUUUUUUUCUGAAGUGAAGCUGCUGUUUUCUUAUAUAACGGAUGACUGUACGAACCUGCCUUCGAUAGCAGAGCCAAUUUGUCUUCCUACAUCCUGUCUCGUCUUCGCCUUCAUAAUUUUUGGGUCACUAUAC